ACUGAACACUUAAAACGCUUACAACAUUAACACUUGCAGCUUUCUCCCCAAGGCAUUCUCGCAUUGGCAUUGGAACCUCUAAACGACGGCCGCUUUGAGGCUUACCGAACCUGUCACACUCGACAUGUCUGCCACGUUGGGCUACUUGCAGAAAUUCGCCUGGGAACACCAUGCUAUCAAUACGAAUGUACACGAAUCAAGAAGAACGACGAGGACACCUACCACUUUGCGGCCUAGGUGCAUUGCUCAUCCCGAGCUUCCAGUAUUUUUCCACUCAGAUGUGAUCCAAAACGGCUUCCGCCGCCAGUCAAAUGUCGCACCUAUUAUAGGGCUCCCGCAGUGGCACCGUGACCACGCACAGCAAGCCGAGCUUGACUGGCAGCGUGACACUAAGGCGCUCAACACCAACCCGUUCGAUGUCGAGGUGCAAUAUUGCAUCACGAAGGCUAUCCGCCAGCAAGCAAUCAUGGAGAACUUGGAACACGUGCUCGACUACCGGCAGGUGUUUGGGCGAGUGACUGCGUUUCAGACGGGCGCGGAUCAACGAUGUGGUCGAAAAGCCUUUGCACACAACGAGUCUGUGCCAGGUGGAAAUGCCACCAAGAGAGCACUAUGGGGAGCACUCUGCUAUGCAGUCACAUCUCUGUUCUAUUGUUCAUGUUCCACCGACACAUUGUGUUUGCUUGGUCUUACUAACACCAUCAAGCAGGAAUGCGCUACUCGGAUCCUCAAGUAUCUGUUCCUCUCGCGAAUCAGCUCACAUGCUGCUGAAGAAGAUUCCGAUGUUCGUUUUCCCUAUGCUACCUUCUUCAUGCGCAAAGAGUCUCUCCUGUCAGAAUCUGGGCCACAGCAGGUAACGGUCCCCAUUCAGCCUCUCUUUCAGAAGCAAACCUUGGAGUUGUGGAACGCGCUAAAGACUGAUGCCAAUAAAAUUUGCUUCUACGUUCUCGACAAUAGCUACCUCCCUCGCUGGAACCGAGCCACUUAUGUUCCUCAAGACAUGGGUAAGGUCACAUUCUCAGCAGCACAGGGCAUGUGCACGCCUUGUUUUCACUUGCUGGACAUUGUCAACAAUUUUUUUGUAUCGGAGUGCCCUUGUCUUCGACUGAAGAUCUUCCAGAGAAGCCUGUUCCACUCACGUAGAGUAGUGGACGAUGUCAUGAUCCAAGACGAGCAUUGCCGACAUUAUUCGAUGGUUCUUACACUUGACGAUCGUGACCUUGUCUAUGCUUCUUCAUAA